AUGCCACGCUCUCCUGCCCAGACUUCCAGCUCCAGUUCAGACGAUGUGCGCAGCAACAGCAAUGAGGAUGACACGCCUUCACAGCCUGAUAGUGAUGUUAUUAUGGUCAGGGACGGGGAUUUGCCCCCAGACGCGGCUGCCAACGACGAGCUGCAACCAACCAACGAAGACGGGACUGCACCCGUGGAAUAUCUCAACCCGCAGCCGCCGGCACCGCCUGACCCCUAUACCAUGUUUCAGCUGCCCAAGGACUAUGCCGACUUCAUGCACGAACUUGCUUACACCGCUCUCAGAGAGCUCUGCUUUUGGUACCUGGCGCAACAUCUCUGCCUGCACUACCCGGACCGACGCGUCUCUCAGGCCAGAUACUUGGCCCAACGACGCAGCCGCGGAAUGCAGGAACCCGGAGCGCUAUAUGCUUACGUGUAUGUCCAGCUGGAUGAAGACCCAGCAGCCAAAUUGGAUGCGGAUUACACAGCGCUGGCCAACCUGUGGACUGGAGGAACCCCGGAGAACGAUGUCUCCUGGCUGUCUGAUGUGGGGCGCUCAUGCGACCCCCCGAAACACCUGUGUCUGCAACACUUGUCGAGAAUGCUUCGACAAAGCCUAUGCCGGCACCUGGACGCACCGAGCGCUACCCACAUCGCUAUGUAUAUGGUUGACCACGUACGACAGAUGGACCUCCUCUACGUUGCCACCCUGCUGGCCCUGUUUCCGCUUCUGGACCAUGACGGCCGCCACGACUUCCAGCACUGGUACUACGGCUUUUCCAACAGACUGCUUCCUUGCGACGAAGAUGAAGCGGCUGACAGGAGAGACGAACCGGCAGGUACCGUGCCAAACGAGCACCACGUCAUGCCCGACCAAGCUGUCGAAGGCCACGCGUACGGCGACACCGCCUUGGCACGUGGACAAACCUCACAAGCCAAGCUGACAUUUCUUUCUUGGAAUGCCGGCGGCCUUACUGAGGCCAGACACCAGGAAUUCAAAACCUGGUUAGCUGAACCUGAGGGCCGGGCUAUUCAGGUCAUUGCCAUUCAAGAAACACACUGGAAAACGUCUUUUGAGUAUUUGACUGAUAGCUACAUAGCCGUGCACUCGGGAGGCCCCAAAGCUGAAGCAGGCCUGCUCCUGCUAGUUAGCCGCCGAGCCUUCACUGCCGCACAGGUUCAGUCCCGGGAUUUGAUUCCCGGCCGCCUCAUGCAUGUCCGCCUGGAAGCAGAGCCCAGUAUAGACAUAGUCGUGGGUUACCAGCACACAUGGACAGUCCCAAAAUCCCAACCUGGUAAACCUCCCGACAAGGACCACCUACUUGCCAAAAGAUCGGAGUACUGGGCUUCCUUGGCAGCUUGCAUAGAUCAGCUCCCCCGCCGUAACCAGCUGUUGGUAAUGGCCGAUUUUAAUACCGAUCUCCAGCCCGAUUCCUGCCAAGUAGGCCAGGGUGUGUACACCAGGCGAACCGCGCAUGCCCCGGACCGAGCGGCCCUGCAGGAUAUGCUCAGGCAGUAUCAGCUGAUUGCACUCAACACGUGGAGUCGGUCAGGCCGUCCUGCGUGCACCUACCUGUCGGCAGGAGACAGCAAUCAAAGCCAAAUAGAUUUUGUCUUAUCUAGGCAGCACCAGCAGGACCCCUUGUCUCGCUACGUAGUUCCCAGACACAUGCCAUUUGUCCCAGUCACCGGUAUGAGACACCUCCCACUCUUAGGUAGUGUCCCGUACCCUAAAGCACCCCGCACUAAACCGCCUCAGCAUCUGGUCUCCUGCAAACAGGUGCGCAGUUUAUGUCAGCAGCAUGCGGACCUCCCGUGUGCUUUUUCGCGAGAGCUGGAGUCCUUGCAUGCUUCAAAUCCGAGUAUGCCAGUCAAUGACCUGCUAAGCCAAGCCUGGCGAACUGCCACCCUCAAUAGACCUGCCCCUGCAGCACCCAAGCCUAGCAUGACAGCCCAAACGGCAGUGGUCUCAGUUCAAACCGUUUGGGGGUUACGCAAGCAAGUCAGACUGGCCAGAGCUCAGCGGCAUAGAGGCCUGCGAGAACUGCUUGUGCUCUGGCGGACCCUGGCCAGCCUUCGAAAAGCCCAAAAAGACCUCCAGGCCCGCUGUCGCAUAGCCAAGAAGCAGCGCAUCCACGAUCUACUGCAGGAAGCGGCCAGGGCACCUGCCGGUCUCACCCCGGUCUUCCGCCUGCUGCGCACCAUUGCACCUGCAGCUCCCAAACGCAAGCUGCAGCUCCGAUCCCGCCAGGGUGCCCCCUUGGGAACUGCUGAAGCCAUGAAGCUCAUCAAAGAUUACUACUUUCACCUCUUCAACCAGGUCACAACGCAAAAGCGUCACCUGGCGCCCCCGAACCCGGUGCAGCUCAGUCAUGAAGAGCUCCUCAUGGAGUUACAGCAGAUACCGGCUAAUAAGGCCCUGCCGUCAACCGAGCUGCCGGCCAUGCUCUGGAAAUUCGGUGCGAGCACGCUCGCCUCCAGGCUCCUACAGCCACUGAACGCCUGGCUUGCGGACAUGACGCAACCACCGCCUGAUGAGUGGCACAUCUCCGAGAUCUGCCUUAUCCCCAAACCCAACAAACCAUUGGUAGGUCCUGAAGCCCUGAGACCCAUCUCCCUUCUUCACCCGGUUGCUAAGUCUUUGGCUAGCGCCCUCAACAAACGCCUCCUCCCCUACUUGCACCCCGCCGUGUCAUCACAACCGCAGUUCGCUUAUGUGGCUGGGCGAUCAGCCCAGGACGCGCUGGACCGAGCGCUCCUGCAUUGUAGACACGUUCGCGAAAUCAUGCAGGCCCAACGCAACACUAUACAUUUGAAACGUCAAAACCAUCAACCUGACGCCCUUAGAGGGGGCAUAACCUUAUCCCUAGAUUUGACUAAAGCGUUUGAUCUUUUGCCCAGAGACCGCCUAGCUGAAGCCCUCGAAGCAGCCCAUGUAGAACCCAGCUUAGCCUGGACGAUCCUCAAAAUACACGAUUGGGCCUGCCUUCGCUUCCGCCUCGGGCGCGAGGAAACCACCAUAGGCUCCAGCAAUGGUGUCAGGCAAGGAUGUGGAUUGUCACCUAGUUUGUAG